GCCGGGGGUGGAGGAGAGCCGUAGACACGCGCCGCCGGCAAGCAGCGGCCGAGCCGGCUGAAGGUGCUCGCGGGGAGCGGAGCAGCAGCGCCUCUCCGGAGGUGCGUCCGGCGCUCUCCGCCGCCGCCGCCCUCUCGCCCGGCCGCCCAGCCGUCCCUCGCCCCCUUCGGGAGGGGCCUGCCGGUCUCGGAAGCGGAAACGACGCCUCCCCCCGACCCCCCGCCCAUCUCCAUCCUUACGAAAGCGUCGCUGCGGCUGCAGGUACCCAGCGCGGCGACGCGUGGAAGGAGGUGGGGGUUGCCUGCGCUACGGAGCGCCCCGGGAGGCCGGAGCCGGACCUGCCAGCCCCCGAGCCUCGCGCCCCGUCGGGGGCGCGGGGGUGGGGUGGCCGAUCGUCGGCAAAGUCCUCCCGGCUGGACGAGGCGAGCUGGCGGCCGGAUUCUCCUCGGAGCCGAAUGCUGUCCCCCCAGCCAGCCUUGGGUUGCGCCUCUGGUUUCCCCCAAAGCAUGUAGCCGCUGCUGCUCUCCUGCUGGCCCAGGACAGCCUCCCAAUGCCCAGCACCAUGUCGGGCUCGCUGAGCAAGAGGAACAGCCUGGCCAAUGACAACAGCUGCCUGGGCCUGAGCCUUGCCUUGGUGCCCCCAUCGGGGGGCCAGAUCCUGCCACAUAAGGGGCGCUGCGCCUACAGCUGCGGGGAGCUGCAGAGCGUCCUUGGGCUCCCGCCCUCCGUGGAGGAGCCGUCCAACAGCAAGUGGGUGAAGGAGGGGCAGAACCAGCUGCGGCAGGCAGUGGAGCGUGGCCGCGACCAGAACCGCAAUGAACUGAGCCUGCCCAGCAAGGAGCUGAGCACGCUGCUCCUUCCACUGCCCAGCCAGGAGGGCAAAGACCAAGCAGAGGAGCAAGAGGAGGAGGAGGACGAGGAGGACGAGGAGGAGGAGGAUGAGGAGGAAGGGUCCACCCCAGUCCAGAGUGAGCCGGUGACUGAGUCAGAGCAGAGCUCAGAGCGGGCGUUGCCCCGGGGGGAGCAGGGCCGCAGCGCCAGCCUCCUCUUUGCCACCCGCAACAGUGCUACCAGUGAUGAAGACUCCAGCUGGGCCACUCUCAGCCAGGGCAGCCCAACGGGCAGCUCACCGGAUGAAGCUGCAGACUCUUUCUGGCUGUGUAACUCCCUGGAGACAGACUCUGACCUCCCAGCAGGAUGGAUGCGGGUUCAAGACACAUCCGGCACCUACUACUGGCACAUUCCAACAGGCACCACUCAGUGGGAGCCUCCCUUGCGCAGGGGAAGUGGCGACUUGGCAGGACACACCCCUCCCAGGGAGGCUCAGCUCACCUGGAUGGACUUUGGGCAGAUGGACCCUGCUGCCAAUCCAGACUUCCGGCAGGAGGUUCCACAGGAGGGGGCGACCCCUGAGCCUCAGUCCGGCCAGUCCAGCUUAUCCCUGGAAUCCUCCAGCAUUCGGUCUUCCCUGAAAGAAGGAGGGGAGCAAGCAGACUGGCUCCUGGGCAUUUCCCCAGGGUCAAAGCACUUCUCUGUCUACUCGCUGGGCUGGGUGGAGAUGUCCGAGGAGGAGCUGGCGCUAGGCAGGAGCGCGGUGGCGGUCAACAACUGCAUCCGGCAGCUGGCUGGGCAGGAGCCUGCUCUUCGGGGCUCCUGGAUGGAGCGCAAAGCGAUGCUCCUGGUCCUGGAGAACGAGACACUGAAGCUGCUGGACCCAGAGGAGCGGAUGGUGCUGCACUGCCUGCCCAUGGCGGCCAUCCGGGUCUGGGGCGUUGGGCAGGACAGCGGGAGGGAAUUUGCAUACGUGGCACAAGACCAAUUGGCUCAGAUGCUGAAAUGCCAUGUCUUCCGGUGUGACACACCUGCCAAGAACAUUGCCACCAGCCUCCAUGAGAUCUGUGCCAAGAUUGUGGCGGAGCGGCGGAACGCACAGACCACGCUCAAUGGGCUCUUGCUGGACCCGUCCAAGAUGGUGGAAAUCCCCUUCCAAGUUGAGUUUCCAGCACCCAAAAGCGAAUCGGUCCAGAAAUUCCAGGUUUACUAUUUGGGGAGCGUUUCCGUGGCCAAGCCUGUGGGCAUGGAAGUCAUCAACACAGCCCUCGAGGCAGCCCUGGCAUCCAGCAGCAAAGAGCAGUGGGCGCCUGCCCAAGUCAGCGUGGCACCGGCCACCCUCACCCUCACCCAUCAGCAGACUGACACCGUGCUUUGCGAGUGCCGCGUGCGCUUCCUCUCCUUCAUGGGCAUCGGGAGGGACGUGAGGUCCUUCGCCUUCAUCAUGGCGGCCUCGGCUGGCAGCUUCCGCUGCCACAUGGUGUGGUGCGAGCCCAACGCCGCUGGGCUGAGUGAGGCCAUGCAGGCCGCUUGCAUGCUUCGCUACCAGAAGUGCUUGGAUGCUCGGCCCCAAACCACCAGCAGUUCCUGCCUCCCGGCCCCCCCUGCUGACUCCGUGGCUCGCCGGGUGGGCUCCACAGUUAGGAAGGGCCUCCAGGCCCUGCUGGGAACCCUCCAACCCAAGCGCCAGGGGGCCCAGACACCGUGAGCGCCAAGCGGGGAGGGGAGCCUGCUCACCGACCCUGGACCCUUGACACAAUCGGUGCUAUGGGCCUUUGCGGAUUGGCCUUGCAGCUCUCUGCCUGCCCCGGUGCGUGUAUGUGUGUUCUGCAUGACAGUGAGUGCAAGGUGUGUAUUUACGAGGUACGCGUACAUCUGCACAAAUGGGAAGUGUGGGGCCUUCACACCAGCGGGAGGAAGAGGUUCCCAUCUAGGGCAGCCGGGCCGUGGCUGCUGGACCUGAUCCCUGCCCCGGGAAGGCCCUGGGAUCGACCUGCCGCUUCUGGCUGGAGCUGCUGUGGAGGACCUUGUUGGUUUCUGACCCCGCGCUGGGGAGGCGGGCAGGGUCCCAGCACCCCUGCCCAGGAGCACAGUGGGGGUGGGUGGGGGGAGAGCUGCUGCCUCUGCUAUUGCAAGAACUCUCUGUCUUGUACUAACCCACGAAUAAACUCUGUUCCAACGA